CUACUUUGGAAAACAUGUUGAUGUACUUUCUUUGUUUUUUUUCUCCGUGCCCAUCAUCAUUUGUCACGUGGCUCACCCUGCCAUGCAUCCCAUAGGGUGCAGCUUCCGAACUUCACCUUAAUUAUGCACACUUCUUAGAGCAAAACUUGUGGUAUAGCAUCCACAUAUAAUGACUGUGCUCCGGCUUUAACGGGUCAAGGGAGGUUCCCUUGUGUGAGGAUGUCAUUAGUGAACUUCUCAGGGCAGAACGUGGUGGAGUUCACCAUCACGGGCUUCGACCACCUACCCUACCACAAGCUGAUGGGCACUGUGAUCCUGCUGGCCUACUGCCUGGCCCUCCUCGGCUCCACCACCAACAUCUGCGUCAUCUCCACAGACAGGCGUCUGCACCGCCCCAUGUACCUGCUGAUCUGUAACCUGGCUCUGGUGGACAUCAUGUUCUCCACCAGCGCCAGUACCACCAUGAUCUCUGUUCUGCUGGCCGGGGACAAAACCAUCUCCUACCACUCCUGCCUGUCCCGCGUUUACAUCUACCACCUAGGAGACAUCACGGAGUGUCUGGCCCUCUCUCUGAUGGCCCUGGACCGCACUGUGGCCAUCAGCGAGCCCUUACGCUAUGCCACCAUCCUGACCAACCAGCGAGUGUUCUUAUUGAUUGUGUUUUCCUGGCUUUUGGGGAUUUGCCUAAUGGGCACGUUGGUGUCUUUUGCAGAUCAGCUGCCGUACUGCCAGCCUGUGAUCAAAUACAUAUUCUGUGACUAUGCAGCAAUCAUUAGGGCAGCCUGUGUAGAUCCAGAACCAUAUUGGGUGUUGUCCAGUACCGGUGCUCUGUGGCUCCUCGGUGGGCAAUUUCCAUUGAUCCUAUUUUCCUAUGGGAAACUUGUCUUCACUGUGCUGAGGCUCCCAAGCACGGAAAAGGGAGGGCGAACAUUCCGCACUGUCAUCAGCCAUUUCAUCCCUGUUGUUUGUUACUAUGCUCCGAAGCUGGUGUCAGUACUGUUAACCAGAGUGGGAGUUAGGCUGAACUUAACAGAGAGAAACGCUUUGCUGAUCAUCUCUACGCUAGUGCCACCUCUCAUUAAUCCCACUGUUUACUGUCUGCAGAGCAAAGAGAUCAGAUGCGCUGUCUUACGUGUACUUAGGAGAAAUCUUUUAUAAGCGAAGGACUAAUGUUUGUAACAUCAGUAUUGCUUUACCCAAUAUUACCUGAAGUCAUAGUUUGAAAAAUUGUGGAUCUCAGGUGUAUCAUUCUUUCGUCUUCCUCAACUACUGUUCAUUUGUAAAUAUGGGUAAAAGAGGAAAAAAGUGUACAGUGAAAACAAUGAAUGAUAAAUCUCUGUAAAAAACUAGAAAGAUUCAUCAUCUUUCACCAUCCAAAUAAUAAAAACA